AUGAGUUCAUUUGACAGUUCCAGUGUGCUCCCUGCGCGGCCCGUCCGCAGUAUUUGCAGCCCCAGAUUUUAUGCAUACAAAUGCUGUACACAAGGGUUUUUUUUCCGUGCACUCGUCCGGACUGACUUCGGUGAAAGAGUCGCCGUCGUCGGGUCGUCUCCGGCUCUAGGGAACUGGCAGGCGAAUCACUGCCAUGAACUUACCACCAACGAAGAUGUCUUCCCUUCGUGGUUCUCCAAAGAGCCCGUUUACCUGCCGCUGAAGAAACCCGUCUCGUACAAAUAUGUCAUUCUCGACGAGCGAGGCGACAUUGUGCGGUGGGAAGAGUGCGAAGGCAACCGCGAGCUGGUUCCUACGGGCGUGGAGAUGACAGUUGAGGACGAUGACGGCCUCUUCAGAGAGCAGAUGACUACCAGAGGGGAUCAUGGAGUCGAAGGCGACGACGAUGUGUCGGUGACGGCGAUAGACAAGGAGGAGACAGAGGCGCGCAACCGGGUGCUGGCGAUCCAGGAGGAGGAGCCGCAGAUCGACGAGAACGACACCCUCGUCGUCUGCGCGUUGGACUUGCCGCUGCGGGUAGUCCGCGUGUCUAGUUCCUCGCCCUCCGCCUCAGGCGUCCCUUGCGUGGCGGGGCCGUGUGCAGGGGGAGGCGGUGGCGCGCGGGCGGCGUCGCUGCCUGGGGCGUCUGGCGGGGGCCGGAAGCGCGCAGACGACGGGGAGCACGCGUCCGCGUCCGCGUGCGCGGCCGGCGGCGCUCGUGACUCGGAGCGGGAUGCGUCGCCGGCGCUGGUGGCGGCUGGUGCGCCGCUGUUCACGUGUGGGGAGCAUCCGCUGCGGAGCAGCCGGGGGACCUUCGAGGUUCGCGCGAGUAAGAGCGCGUUGCUGCCCUCGCUGUACACGCUGCGGAAGAAGACGCGGCUGCCGGUCCGUUUCAUUGGAUGGCCGGGAGUCGACGUGGAGGACGAGCUGGAGCAGGAGGAGUUGACUGAGUUUCUGCGCGCGUACGACUGCGUGCCGAUCUUCCCUGAGAAGCGCGAGUUCCACAGAUACCUGACUUUCUGUCACGGCUUUCUCUGGCCGCUCUUCCACAACGUCGUCAUUCUCGACUCCAAGACGCAACUCCCAUUCGACUCCGACCUCUGGGCCUGCUACCAGGCCCUCAACAGACUCUGGGCAGACGCCGUUGUGCGCCACGCCCACGAGUCGGACAUGAUCUGGGUCCACGACUACCACCUCCUCCUCGCCCCCAUGCACAUCACGCGCAAAGUCCGCAAGGCCAACGUCGGCUUCUUCCUCCACAUCCCCUUCCCCUCCUCUGAGGUCUUCAGAUGCUUGCCCUGCCGAGAGGACAUUCUUCGGGGGAUGCUGUGCGCGGACCUGAUUGGUUUCCACCUGUUUGAGUACGCGCGCCACUUUCUGGUCGCGUGCAAGCGGCUGCUCGGACUGGAACACCACUUUUGUCGAGGCGGCAUCCUCAGCAUCGAAUACGGUGGCAGGAACGUCUCAGUCCGCAUCGGUCACGUCCACAUCCAAUACGCAGACAUCCGCGAACGCAUCGAAGCCAGCCCCACAGUCCAGCAAAUGGCGAGAGCGAUUCGACAACGAUACGUGGGGAAGUUCAUUUUUGUCUCCGUCGACCGCUGCGAGAAGCUCGCCGGUUUGCUUCUGAAGGUUCGCGCCUUCCAGAAGUUCCUCACGACCUACUCCUACGCGCGAGGGAACACGGUACUCAUUCAGUACGCCUAUCCGACGAUGAACUGGUCUGAAGACUCCGACGAAAUGGCGAAGGAGCUAGCCGAACUAGUGGAGAGAGUCAACGCACAGUUUGCGCCGCCCGGGGACUCGGGCUUCAGGCACAUCGAGCUGCACAUUCAGUCGGUCGCUUGGGAGGAGAAGUGCGCGGUGUUCAUUGCGGGUGACUGCUUUCUCGACACCUCGAUCCGCGACGGCCUGAACUUGAACCCCUUCGAGUACAUCUGCUGCCACCGAGACAACGUGACCGGCGUCAUCCUCUCCGAGUUCACCGGCUGCAGCCGCGCGCUCGCCAGCGCGAUCCGCGUGAACCCCUGGAAGGUGGAGGCGGUGGCGGACGCGAUGGACCGCACCAUCAACAUGUCGGUGGAAGAACAGCGCGACCGCUUCAUGCGCGACCAGGACUACCUGACGCACAACAGCACGCAGAAGUGGGCGGAGGAGAAUAUCCUCGACUUGCGCCGAGCGCGGAAACCCGACGACUUUGUCUACGUCUCUUGGGGCCUUGGCAACACCUUCCGCGUCCUGGGCAUGGACUCGAACUUCAGGUUCCUCGACACGACGCAAGUGAUUCGCGGCUACCGCACUUCCAAGCACCGCAUUUUCUUUUUCGACUGCGAAGGAACGCUCGCGCCAGACCGUCGACGCAUCACCUUCGUGCCUGGCGGCGAGAAUCUCUUUGCACAGGGCAGGCCGCCUUCGCGGCAAGUCAAGGAGUGCCUCCAGGCGCUGGUCGACGACCCGCGAAACACCGUUGUGAUUCUUUCUGGCAGAGACAGGCACCUCUUGGAGGAAUGGUUCGCCUCUGUGAAGGGCAUUGGCCUGUGCGCUGAGCACGGCUUUUAUUAUCGAGUCCCUGGAAUCACAGGAGAUCAGUGGCACUGCAUGUCGCGCCAGCGGGACUUCACCUGGAAGCAGGUCGCGAUCGAGCUCAUGCUCCAGUACGUGAAGCGCACUCAGGGCUCCUUCAUCGAAAACAAGGGAAGCGCUCUUGUUUUCCAGUACCGAGACGCCGACCCUGACUUCGGUAGCAUGCAAGCGAAGGAUCUAUCUAAUUACUUGGGGGAGUUGCUUUUCGGCUACCCAGUCUCCGUGAUGAGUGGGAAAGGAUACGUGGAGGUGAAGCUUCGCGGGGUGAAUAAAGGCCACGCCGUGGAGAAGGUACUACGGAAGCUCAGCAACUUGCAUGGCGACAUCGACUUUGUCCUCUGCGUUGGCGACGACAGGAGCGACGAAGACAUGUUCGCCGUCAUCAACGCGAUGACCGAAGACGGCUACCAGCUCUGCGUGCCGGAGGGUAGCGGCGCGGGGGGCAGCGGGCUCUACCGCCACCCCCUUUCCAAGGACCGCAUUCAUCGGCGCAACUCAGUUUCGUCGGAUGAGAACCGCGCGGACGCGGCGGCGCCGAGCAGCGGCGAGCCGCGCGUCCAGCGCGUCGAGUCUUCGCCGUCCGAGCACCGCGGCAGCUCCGGCGGGCUGGCCUCCACGUCCUCCAGCAUGAACCUCGCAGCAACCGCGAGUGGAAAGAAAGUCGGGACUCAUUUCUUCACAUGCACAGUUGGAAAGAAGCCGUCGAACGCUCGGUACUACCUCAACGACACCGACGACGUGUCUGACUUGCUUGACUCCCUCCGGCAGUGUACGGAAAAGGAGACGCAGGAGAAGCGCAACACGUCCAGGGACGCGAGUGGCGCGGCGCCGGUGGUCGCCGCGGCCGCGGUCGCGGGGUCCCUCGCAGGCAACGCGGCGGUGCAACUCCGGAAGGGCGACAGCUCAGGGAACUUCGCCGCGAUGUGGCUGCAGGGGCCGCUGGGCAGCGGGACUCUACCCCCGAGACGCAGCGACCGCGGCAGCUUCGGCAGCUUCCCCGUCGGGCUCGGCGUGGACCCGUUCGCCGCGGCAGGGCCCUUUGGGGCGCCCGCGCCGCCGCCGCGAGCCGCGCCGCGUCAAGGCCCUGCCCAGGCUGCGUGGGCUGCAGGCGGGAAGGGAGAGUCGCGGCCGCCGGCGGGGGUGUGA